AAUAAACAACAAAACGUACGAGAUCCAUUCCAACACAACCCCUGUGUACAUGUUUCUAUUAUUUUUCUGUUGCACUGCUCUACUCGUUUACAAAUUUAGUUUCGUGUCGGAUUCCUUCAGCUUUCGAUGUGACACUUCUGUUCUCUCUCGGUUCGCUUAUGAAAAAACAUAAAAGACAUAAUAUUUGCGAAAUUCACAUAACUUAAAUCUCCACAACUAUCCCGUAAACAAAAAGUGAGACUAAAAAUAAAAUCUGCAACUUCAAACGCUAUUGUUACUAUAUCAAAAAGUUCUUUCAAUUCUACAAUAGUCCAAGCAAUAAAUAGUAAUUCUCAACAGUCGCAAAGUUGGCUAGUUGGAAAAGUUUAAUUGCUCGUUUUAAAGGGGCUAGAAUAACAGGGUGGUGUGCAAUUUAUUGUAUUACCACCAGCAAAAAUCAAUUCGCAUAUAAUAACGAGUAUUUGCCGUGAGUGUGAGUGAAUGAAAAAGCUUUGAUAAAUAAAAAAGAGUGCGUGAUAUUAAAUCGUAUGGCAAAAGCCGCAACAAAAAUUUAUCUGUGUACUCUCUCUCUCUAACACAAAUUUGAGCCCAAAUAUGGAGCGCGAGUUGUAAAGUGGUUUUAGUUUUUGGUGUUGGCGUUGUCGCCUGUUAUAACAAAAAAUAGAGGGUGUGAAAUAUAGACCUCUAAAAUUAACUUGACACAACAAAAUUGUAAAAGAACAACAAUUCCGUCUUUGCUACGGUUAGCGCCAAAGUAGCUGGAUUUACACUGUUUUACGCCGAAGGGAAUGGUAUAUUUCUUGGGGGAUUGGGGCAUGGGAGAUUCUGACUGUACGUCAUAUCAUCAACAUGUUCCAACAAUACAACAGACCACUUUGCAUGCCCAUAGCCACAGCCAACACCAGCACCAUCAUCAUCAACAACAACAGCAGCAACAACAUGUACAGCAAAUUCACGUACAACAGCAGCAAAAUGAACAGCAACGCCUUGAAUUGCAAUUACAAUUGCAACAACAGCAACAACAACAUAUUGGCGAAAUUGCACCUACAUUAGGUCAACUAUCGCCCAUUCAAUUUGGCAGCGGCACACCAGAUGCUACAAUAUUGCUGGGCAAUACUCUCACAGCUGUACAACAACAACAGCAGCAACAUUUGUUAGCUAACUCACCGCAACAUGUGGCGAGCAGCACUUUGGUUACAGCCAAUUUACAGCAAUUGUCUGUGAGCAGUAACAGUCGCAGUGAUAGUCACUGUUCGACCCCCAUUAAGUCAACAGUGCUUGAUGCUUUUGAUAAUACCGCCUAUCAGCAACUGCAGCAACAACCAACGCAACAGUUAAAACAGCAGCAAUCGUUGCCAACACAAGCACACCCGCUUGCCUCGGCGACAGCUGCUUUGCAUCAGUAUUUGGGUCGUCAACGUUCCGAUUCGUGUGCCGGUAAUGUUGGCAGCUGUACGAAUGCACCAUCCACGCCGACUGCACCAGCGGAACACGGCGCUAAUAACAGCAACAGCAGAGGAUCAACGGCAGCAGCAAAUAAUUUCCUGCAGCCACAGCUGAGUAAGGAUCUUCUGGAAAGUGAGGAUGAAGUCGCACUGCAGCCGCUCUCCAAUCAGGUCGGUGGCCACACACGUCUUCUACUGUUGAAUCAAUCGACUGUCAUAAAGCCAUUGAAUUUGCGUGAAUUGGACUUUUAUCAAAACAUUCCGCACGAUGUACAGAAGUUUGUGCCCAAAUACAAAGGCGUGAUGCAAGCGACCACAAUGGGCGGUGCGAAAUUGGAAAAACGGUACUCACCGAGCUUCCGCGAGGAGCCGGUGCGUAAAUUGAGCACCACAAAGCGGAAACGAGAUGAUGUGCUAAGGAUGAAAGUUCAUAAGAAUGGAAAUGCUGCCGAUGUUAUAAAAAGUAUUUCGCAAUUAGACAACACAAAUAAGCAAUAUUUCCUUAUGCUCGAGAACAUCACUUCGCAAUUUCGUAAUCCAUGUAUUUUGGACUUGAAAAUGGGCACACGUCAGCAUGGUGAUGAUGCCUCGGCGGAGAAGCGCUGCAAACAAAUGGCCAAGUGUGCGGCUAGCACUUCGGCAUCAUUGGGUGUACGCCUUUGUGGCAUGCAAACUUAUCAAGCGCAUAUUGAUCAAUAUGCCAAGCGCGACAAAUAUUGGGGACGCGAGUUGGAUGAGAGUGGCUUCAAGCAGGCUUUGCAUGACUUUUUCUACAAUGGCUAUCGAUUGCGUACACGCGUUAUCAAGAAAAUUGUACAGCGCUUGCUACAAUUACGUCGUGUUAUUGAAAAACAAUCCAGUUACCGGUUCUACUCGUGUUCACUACUCAUUGUUUAUGAGGGCUAUGAGGAAAAUCCACAGGCUCAUCCCAUGGAUGUUGAGGAGUGGCUUACACCUACUACGCCGAAGUCAGCUACAAAGUCCGCUACUUUCGACUAUCAUCCUGAUAACAGUAUUGAUGAUGAUGACAUCGACGAUGACGAUGAAGAUGUAGUAGAUGCCGAUGAUGACACUGCCGGUCAUGAUGGUGGUGAUGAACUGGAGCCGCACGAAACAGAGGAUGAUGACCUGCAUAUGGUUGCAGCGGAUAGCGGUAAUGCGUCGGCGACUAAUAGUAGCACCGGCGGUGAUCCAUGUUGCUACGAUGCUGAUGCCUCGAAUGAUUCUACGAACGCAGCCGGUCUGAAUCUCCCUGCCACACGUCGCAAACGCGGUUUGACAGAGGCAACUCUGGAGAGAUCGCGUGGCUUCGCAGAUGUAGUAACACCAGUGCGCGGCUAUGAUGAAGACUCAGCUGCUUCAGCCGCAGGUGCCAAUACUGUAAACGAUGCAGUAUCCAUGCCGCCACCAUCAAUGGCAGGAUUAAGUACAGAUAGCAAUAAUGCUGUGCCCACCGGUGGCAGCAACACUAAUCCGCCAUUCAUUCCAAUCUCCGAAGAAACAGUAUUCCUCGAUCCCGAGCCGCCAAUGCCAAGCGUAUCGACAUCUUCACCGCACUCGGGCGACUCUUGGAUGAACUAUAGCAGCAAUAGCAGUGAUGAUUUCUCCGGACUUUCUGAGCAAAUCAAAGCGGUCACCAGUGGUCGCCAAACGGGCGAUAACAGUUCGGACGAAGCCAGCUCGGAUUAUGAUAGCAGCAUAAUUGGUCAAACAGAAGUGAUGCUGAAGCGUUACAAAUCUCAGCAAGAAUCCUUCGAUAUUUCGCCUUUGACGCAAACGGCCGACAUGCCGCUUAUGUCAACAACAACAACGGCGCGUUUACCGCACACGCUUGCUUCAUCUGCGUGCUCUACACCACCGCUGCCGCCGGGAAGUGUUGGAAAACUAUCUGCAUCCGUUGCCAACUCUUCCCCUACCUCCUCGACUGCGUCCUCGCUGAAAUCAGUGCGCGGUGCAGUUAAACGUCUGCGUUGCAAGGACGCCGACGAUGAGGAUGAAGUGACAGCUAGCGAUAAUAAAAAGGACGCUAUAUCGACGUCUUCGCAAGCGAAAAAAUCAACAACAACACUGAGUCUAAGCAGCGUAGUUACGGGCGCAGGAAGUAGCAGUAGUGCUGCACCAGUGUCGUCUACACCGACGUCCGUCAACGCAUCACCGGUGAAAACGCCGCUCAUGACGCCGACCUCAACAACAUCCGGCACGGAGAGCACAGUAGAUAAAAUCAAGAACACACUGCUCGCUGGCAUACAGGAGAUACACAAUACGAGCAGGAGCAACAACCACAGCAACAACAUAAGCAAAAAGAAGGCCACAGCGACGCGGCUAACUUUACAACAUGCCUCCAAAUCCCUGGAUAUCGUAGGCUGUCAAGCAUCCGCGACUACCGAAGAUGCACGAUGCCUUGUAGAUGUGCGUCUCAUUGACUUUGCGCACACGGCAUUCGUGCCGCGCAACGGCGGCGGACUGCUGCAGCAGGCCACCUCCAGCACUCCCGUACAUCAUGGACCAGAUGGUGGUUUUCUAACGGGGCUAGACAGCUUAAAUCGCUUACUCAACGAUAUUCUUACCGAAGAGGUCUGUGUAUAAGCGUGCUGUGCACGCAUAAAACUGCGUGCAACAUUCAAUUGGUGUAUGUGCCGAUUUGCACCUCCACAUGCUGAAAAAGUGCAAGUAAAACGCCAGAAGUUUGAAAAACGCUUCGAGCGCAGACCUUACGCGUAUUUAUUUCACACACUGAAAUACAAAUCCACCAACAUUUACAAAUACAACGUAGAGGUAUACAAGCGGCAGCACCGCAACCAGCCUAGACAAAACUAGCCCUCCACAAGCCCCCACCAUUGCACAAUUGACUGAGUAUGCGGCGUGAGUGGAAAUUUUUGGAAAAACAAAAACAGCGAAACGUGUGUGAUCGCCUGAUUGGAGCGUUUGAACAACUAAAUUUAAGUGUAAAAUAGAAAUUAAUAACUACAAAUGAUAGGAGAAAUGUUUAUGGAGUAAUUGGAAUUUGAGAACCGUGCAACCGAGAGAGAAAUAGAGUGAAAGGGAGUGAAAAUUGAAGUGACGCGCACAGCGUUUGGCAGCAAUACAUACACGUAAUUAAGCUUUUUUAAAUUAACUAUUUUAAAGUGCUAUUGGCGUUGGGGCAUGUUAUGAGGGCAACUAAACAAAAAUCGUAAAAAAUUCGAAAACAUAAUUUAAAAAAUAAAUUGUUUGUAAAAUGGCUACUUAUUGACAACGUUAAAUUUUUAUAAAAUCACAUUAACAAAAAAACAAUAAUAAUAGCUACAAAAAGAGAUUAUAAACGUAUAAUUUGGAAGUGUUUUAAGCAAAAAUUAAAAACGAAAUACAAAUAUAUCUGAAAAAUUAAAAUUUUUAAUAACCAAAUUUUUACCAUUUGCACUAAUAGACAUGCAAAGUAACAACAUUAAAAUAAAUACAACAUAAAUACAUACAUAUUCAUAUUCAAUAUCAACCUGAUAAUAGUUUCAAAAUCCAAACAUUGACUAAUUGCAUUAAAUCGGCAAAAUUAAAUACUGUCGGCUGAACUUAUGCAAACUUAUUUUGCGCAGAGUAAAUUAUUAAUGCAGAAUUGAUAGAAUAUGAAAUCUAUUUGGAAUUCGUCAAAAGAGAAGUUUUUCAUUAUGAAACCUUUGUACAUUGAGCAUUAUUUGUUUAGCGAUGAUUUCGCUAAUCUGAAAUUGCAGUUAACUGUCAAAAUGGACCAUGUCAUUUGAUAAACGAACAACAACGAUUGUUGUCAAUAACCAAUUGUGAAGUAACAAACCUUGCACAAUAAAUGUCUUCCUCUGCAAAUCGAUAAUGAUGUAAAAUAUCAAAAAAUUAAAAAAAAUAUUUGUAUCCUGUUUUCAAUGGUACACAAGAAAGUGAGAUAUUGUGCAAAAUUAAGGACUUUGAGCAUUACUUAGUGCAGUAAUUGUUUUUAAAAACCAGUUGCUGAUCGAAACUUGAAUCAGCACUUCACGCAUAAAUAUUUUUGCAUUGCGAAAAAUUAUAUGAAAAAGUAAAAUCUGAAUGUGCAGACAUAAACAAUACAUCUCUGCCGAGCAUAAAAGCAUAUACAUAAUAACAUAAAUUCAAAUACAUACUAAUUAAUGGGCUUAGUUUACUUUGAAAUUAUUAUUAUAUGUAUAUUUUUAAUUUUAAAACUGAAAAUUCAACAAUUGAAGAAGUUUCUAAAUUAUCACUGCGUUUUUUUUUUAACUAUGCCACCUCUCAUAUGCAGAACCGAAAAAAAUCUUAAUAAACAUAAAAAAUAAUUAAUGUAUAAUAUCUCAUAAAAUAAAUGCUUAAAUGAAAAAAUUUUGAAGCUAAAAAAAUUAAACUCAAUUCAUUUUCGAAGGUCCACGUUCAGGCGAAGCUUUCAGUAAAUGUGAUCAACAAAUGAUAAAAACAAAUAAAAAUUUUAAAUGAAAUAUGAAUAAAUAAAAUUAUAUACAAAAAUAAAAUAUGCAUAUAAAAUUAAAUGAAACAAAAUAAUUUAUAACAUGAUAUGUUCAGAUUUAAAACCCAAUUGAAAACCAAGUGAAAUAUAACAAAAACAAAUGAGCGAACAAACAAACUGAACCUAUAAUAAUAAUUAAUUGAUAAUAUUAAUAUAAUAAUAUUAUUUAUAUAUAAAAUGAAUAUAAUAUUAAUUUUUAAUUCAUGAAUGGUUUAUAAUAAAUAAAUUGAAAUAAAUCAUGCUAUAUAUGCAUAUAAAAUACAUACAAUAAAAACUUAAAAAAAAAAUAAACAGCUGAAAUAUUAAAUAUUCACUAAACAAAGUUUAGGGAUGUUUCCUGCUUUUUUAGUUAAUUCUGGUAAAGACCAAUCUAAGUUUGAAAAAUGUUCAUUGCGCUAUUAUAUAGCCGAAUAAAAGAAUUUCGAAAAGUGAAUUAUAAAUGUUUAAAAGUAAUAAAAGUAUUUUUUUUUUGUUUUUAAUAGUUUUUCGUUUGACAGAAACAUCCCUUAAACUUUAGAAAUAAAACCAAUAAAAGGGAAACAAAAUAUUCACAAAAAUAAACAAAAUAAAACCACCUUUACAUAGUCCUCAUUAUAACAAAAAAACAAAAUUAAAGAAGUGCUGAAUAGUGACGUUCCCUGCAUAUAAACAAAGCAAACAAGUUUAAAAAAUCAUUUUAUUUUAUAAGAUUUUAAACUUGCUGUUUGUUAAUAAACAAUGUGAAGUGUAAUUUAUUUUUUACAGCUAAUUGUAUGACAAAUUUUACUAAAAGCAAAGAUAUAAUUUUAAAGCAAACUUCGUAAGGUUUACCAUUAAGCAUUCAAAGCGCAACACAGUAUUUUUGCUUACAACCACAGAAAAAAAAUUAUAAUAGUAAUAAAAAAUACAUGAUUAGUUGUAUAAAUAUAGGCGUAUAGGCAACAGCUAACGCCAAUUAAACAACCUUAUUGUGAUUUUUGUUUUAAAUAAAGUGUGAGCAAAUUAAAUUAAUACAAAAAAUUAAAAAUUAGAUAAUGCGGUUGCAUUUAUAAAUUUUGGUUUUAAGAGUUAGUAAUGUAAUUGCAUAAUUGUUUAAAAGUAAUAUAUUUAUAGGAAAAACGCUAACAAAGAAGUAAUAUAAGUAAAAAUAAUAAUUAUUUUUUAAAGUACUUGUACAACUUAAAUAAAAAAUAUGUGAAAUUAAGCAAAUAAAUUUAAAAAGAAAAAUAAACAUGUUAUUCGAAUACAGUAGUUUUAGUAGACAGUUUUUCAGCCAAAAUUUGUAAAAGCAACAGCAUUGAUCUUACAAAAAAAAAAUAAAAAUAAUAAAAUAAAACAAAAUUAAAUUGACAGUUUCCUUACAAAAUAUAACUUUAUAAAAGUAAUAUCUAGAAUUUAUAUGCCACAUUAAAAAUAUAUUAUUAAAAUAAGUUCAUUAUAAAUCGCUAUAAAUAAAAAAAAAUAAAAAAUAAAAUAUAAAGUAUUCAAAAAAUUAUUACAAAAAAAUCUGCAAAACAAUUUAUGAAAAAAUACAAAAAGUAUGCCACACUCUUAUAAUGUAAUUUAUAAUAAUUAUACACAUUAACAAUGCUAACACACUACUGUUGUUAAAAUACUUAAGUUAAAAGCUGCAUUAAUAAUCAUAUAAAAUGACUAUUUAUUACUAUAAAACAAAUUUAGCGAAUAGUUAUAGGCAUGUGGCUUUGUGCGAAUGGAAAAAAAAAUUCAAAUGGUCUAUUGGAAAAUUUAGAAUUUGUUCAAAAAAUUUUUACGCAAACUAUAAAUUUAUAUUGGUCAACUACUCCAAACAAAAAUGUUAUUUUAGUUUUUCGAAUUUCAAUUUUCGUGCUAUGUUUAAUUAAAAACUUUGUAUCAAAACAUCAA